AAUGAACUGGGACUCGAACAUUUCCACUAAGGAGUCCAAAAACCCGAGGGAAAAGGAGGAUGGUCUCACAGUUUUAGCUAUAUAACGCAGUGAACCCACUACCUCGAAGCUCACAGCGUAAUAUGAACGCUAGAAUCUUGGAUGCACGGUCUCGUGAAAGGUCCUGUUAGAGGAAUCCUCACGUGGACGCAGCUGGAGCAUGAAACCAUCUCAGUAACGAGACUCAGGGAUAGCACCUCUUUCUCCUCGUUGACAGUUUAUAGUAGCGGUGUACGAACACACGCCGGUGUUUUCAGCACUUGGACUGAAUAUGUACGGGGGACAUUCACAGGGGAAAGACUCUAGAGCGGUUGCUAUGGUGCUGAUGGAGCUACCAAGUAUGGCAUCCUCAGAUGGAAAACCCCUGCUCACCGUGACAACCAAGUUGUGUAGUGAGCAGCAAGAGAGCCGUCCGUUACUGAGCCCUUCUAUUGAUGACUUCCAGAGUGAGAGCAAGAGUGAUACAUCCACACGGCCAGUCACCUCCAACACAGCAGGUUUGUACACAGGACUAGACUUGGUGGACUUGAGUGAACCUUGUGAGAGAAGGUGGAGUUGGGACAGAUGGAGUCCCUGUGGGUCUCGAAAGAAUGGUUUCUCUAAGAGUGGCCUUCACAAGAAGAAGACUGAAGAGACUGAGCUGCUCCAGGUGGAGACAGAGGCAUCAUCUCCCAGCUGUUCUAACCCUGAAAGAGCCUUAUUAGAUUCAGCGAGCAGCUCACCCUUGGAGAAAUGGGAGGAGGUGAGCCUUCACCCAGACGGUGCCUUGAAUGGAGGGCGGAAGUUGAGAUAUGAGAGGAAGAUGUGCACCUCCAACCAUUCAUCUAGAGAGCUUUUGUGGUCUGCAGACUUUAAAAGCACGGAGUCAGACCCUGGGCUAUCCCCUCAGCGGUCCCAGCUAGGCAGUAAAUUACUGCGGAGACAACACUCAUUAGUGGAGGAGUUUGUUCGAGCCAAGGCUGCUGUGGAGUCAGACACUGAGUUCUGGGAUAAAAUGCAAGCAGAGUGGGAGGAGCUGGCACGGAGGAACUGGUUGGAGGAUGCUGACAGUGAAGGCCUGGUUCCACUCAACUUUUCACCCACUGAGAAGGGUUACUGCUUCCAUUCUAAUAACCCUUACAAAGACUACACCGAUGCCUUUGAACAGGGGCUGCAGAAAUGCAGGGAUGGGGAUCUGAACAGUGCUGUACUACUGCUAGAAGCAUCCAUCUUACAAGACCCUCAAGACUCAGAGACUUGGCAGGUUUUAGGUACCAUACAAGCAGAGAAUGAGAAUGAGCAGGCAGCCAUUGUUUGUCUUCAGAGAUGUUUGGAGCUGUGCCCAAACAAUCUGAAGGCCCUGUUGGCCCUAGCAGUGAGCCUGACCAAUACAGGACAGCAUCCGGAAGCAUGUGAGGCUCUCCACCGCUGGAUUAGAUACAACCCAAGAUACAGACAUCUACUCCAGGAUCACAGCCCUCUAGAUGGUUCCCCACUGCCUCGCCGCAGAGGGUCCUUCAUAUCCCACAUUUCCACUCUCGGAUGCUCUCAGCUGGUGGAGGUGUUGGAGUUGUAUCAGGAAGCAAUGCAGCAGAAUUCUGAAGGAGUGGACCCUGAUCUCCAGACAGGCCUUGGUGUGCUCUUCAACCUCAGCUCAGAGUUUGACAAAGCUGUCGACGCCUUUAAUACUGCACUUUCUGUCCGGCCUGAGGACUAUCUGCUGUGGAAUCGCCUCGGGGCCACGCUGGCAAAUGGGGACCGCAGUGAGGAGGCAGUAGAGGCCUACACCAGAGCUCUGGAGCUCCAGCCAGGCUUCAUCCGUUCGAGAUACAACCUCGGCAUCAGCUGCAUCAACCUAGGGGCACAUAGGGAGGCAGUGAACAACUUCCUGACAGCUCUGCACCAGCAAAAGAAGAGCAGGAGUCAUCAAGUGAUGUCCAGCAACAUCUGGGCAGCUCUGCGGAUUGCCCUCUCCCUCAUGAACCAACCAGAACUUUUCCAGGCAGCCAGCGUGGGAGAUCUGGACCUCCUAAUGAGGGCCUUUAACAUGGAUAUAUGAUCAACCUUGCGCCUGUGAAAUCUAUCAUUCAUGUACAAUAGGCAAAAAGUUAAUGUCAAUAUGAUAUGCACAGCUAAUUUUGAUGUAUUUAUGGGCAGCCUCUGUCUUCUUCAGAGGUUAUUAAAGAGGGUGUUUAUCUCCUAUAGAGCACAAACAGAAUAGUUGAUGGGUUUUGAAAGUAGAGGAAUAAAUGUCAAAGAGAGUGAGAGCUAAA